AUGCAGGUCGUGGAUUUUAAAAUUCACGUUACUGAAUCGGGAGAAGAGUACAACGAAACGAUUGAAGUGGACACACAGAAGCAAACAGAGGUGUUUAAAGUUCCUGCUCACCCCGGCGUGGAUCGCAGUGAUGUCAUGCAUGACUUUAAACAGGUAAUUAUAUUAAAGCUCCACAACAUUGUCGGAUGUUACAUGUUGCGUCCAUUUACACACCCUGUUGCAUGUUGUUGCGUGUGGUUGGGAGCCUUGUUGCACCAAGUUUGUAACCGGUGAAACUUUUAGCGGAGCUCUAGCGUGCGCAACGGAGAACCAUAAGUAAGAAAAUCUGCUUACCUAUGCAUCCAAGAAAUUUUGAUUCUGACAAAAUCGUCCCUACGAACUAGUAUGCAGGUACGUCCAUCCCUUUCAUAUAAGCUGGGGUGAAGUUUCGCAUUUCAAGCACCCCGUGCUUUUCGACGGUAAAUCGCAUGCCCACCCAGACUUUUAGGGGUGAAAAAACAAUAACAAAGCCGAGUCUUUCUUUCAACUAAAUUUUAUUGUCUACAUUAACGUGGAUAACAGAGAAAGAGCUAGAGCGAGAAAUAAAAAAACAACGGAGACCAAUUUCGUUGGUAGAAAAGCAUGAAAAUUUUAUAGCGACAGUGAGAAAAUGAGCAAUGCUGGUGGCCACUAAAGUAAAAAUGAGCGGCAGUGAAAAAUGAAAAAAAAGUGAACAGGAACACGUUGUAGUCGUGGAAAACAAAGGCAAGGAAAUGUACAAAAAAGUGUGCAGCACGUGCAAAAAUGUUGUUGUUGUUUUUUUUUUGCCAUUAGACCUAUUGCUUUGGCAUUACACGAUUUCAUAUUUUGUUUAAGUAAACUAUAAAUAUGAAAGAGAGCUUCGCUUUUAGCCCUGGCUAAAUCUAUAUAUUAGCUACAUGCAAACGGACGCAACAACUGCCAACAACGAUGGCCCAAAUGCGCCACUUCUAAAUUUCCCAUAAUGUACCUUAAUUGCCCCCCCCCCCCCCCCCCCCCNAUCGCUAUGAUCGUUGCGAUCGCUGAACUUUUUUUUCUCAGCGAUCGCAGCGAUCGUAGCCAUCAUAUGGAAACCUGGCUUAAAGUGCAUUAAGGGAAAUGUGGACGUUGCGUAUGGGUCUUUAAAAAAGACGAGAGCGGAACGUGAGCGGGGGAUGAUAGGAAGAAAAAUAACACUUUUUUGUCUCCUUCUUUGGCCAAACAAGCGGUCGUGAGCGUCUAGCUUUCAUUUCCUCCUCUGAUGGCGCAUAGAAACGGUAAUGAAAAAAGAUAUUAAUUAUAUUUGAUCAAUUGUUAUUUUUUAUCUUUUUUUUUUUCAAACUUUUUUCUGAAUCUUACUUGCAGAAAUUAACCAUGAUGAGAAUUCCUGACAAAGGGAUUUGUUAUCUGAUGCCUUUGCCAAAAGAGUUGUCUACUCCAGAUAAACUCAUUGGAGAUCUUGAGAAAGCCUCCCAGGUGACGAAAUCAUUUUGUUGCAUGUCUGCUCUCUGUUCUUCUCACUGUUUUAUUAACUGGAAGAAGGCGUCAGCUGAUGAAUAUGGGUAUUAGACACUAUUUCUUAGCUGACUUACAUAUUACAACAUACGCGACUCAAGCUGUUUUUAACAAAAUAUGUUAAAAAAACAUGACAGGAUGAGCAAAAGAAUACUCAGAAAUAGGUUUUCAGUAAAAUAUCAAAGAUCAAAUGAAACACUAGGUAAGAUUGAAGAGGAUUUCUAGAUGUAUCCUACGCGCGCCUAUCUUUGAUUUUGGGUUGAGGUAAACGCUCUUCAAAAUUGCAAACGAGUGUCCAGGUCAGCGCGGUCCCAGCAAAGCUGACCGUGUCCCUUGAGAUUGACCUUGUUUAGUUAUCUUUAACCCCUACACACAAAUACUCCACACUGAUCUCUAUAUCUAGUAUUCCUUUAAAGAAUUAGCUGAGAGCCUGAAUUUGUUUCAAGUUCAAAGCAUUUUCCUUUACGUGAUUAUUUUCUUAAUUCGCAUAACAUAAUCCCUUGAACAUGUAUUGAUAUUAUUGUAUUAUUAUUGCCAUAUUAUUAUAACUUUACUGACUACAUGUAUACAUGUAGCCGGAUAUUAAUAGCCCACGUUCGAUAUAUUAAAAUUCUAACAUGACUCCGAGGCUUUCUGGUCAUUCUUCUAUAUUUGGUUUGGUUUUCUUUGUACUCAAAUCUCUUCUGGGAAUUGCGAGACACUGGAGUCGUAAAAAAUUGCAAUUUUGACCCUAAACCCCCAGAGUCAUGUUAAAAAUUUUAAUAUAUCGAACGCGGGCAAUUUAAGGAUCAUUCAAUCCACCAGGGAGUUAUCAACAAGGGCACGCGUAUUGACAGCACAUGGAUGGUGAAUGAGGAACUCACUGAGCGUUCAUUUCUCAGCGACGACCUACAGCAAUUUUGCACUGACUUUCCAAUAUACUUAUUGAAAAAGUCACAAGACUCUUUAGCAGUCAUCGGCAUCCAAGCGGGUAAGAAGAACCUAAAGCUCUAGUCCUAGAGACGUGCAUGCGCGCGCAUGCCGUUGUCGUACCAGUCUUUCGCGCUUCUCACCUCACGAGAAAUUGGUAAUAAUCUAUGCGAAUACAGUGAUUUCUUCUUUGGGCCUGUUUACAUGGAGGUGGGGGACCCCAGGUAGGUGAGGCAACCCGCCUGUCCAAAUAAUCAUUUUAAUUUGAGCACGUUUACAUGAAAGGUGGGGAGACCAUAUGAUAGUUUAUAUGAACAGACAGGUGCCUUGGGCUCCCCCACCUAAGCGGGUUACCUCACCUAUCUGAGGUCCCCCACCUCCAUGUAAACAGGCCCUUAAGGGAACUAUGUCACGGCUGUCUACAAUAGUUUCUUUUUGUUCAUGUUGCCAGUUAAUUAAACUUCCUUAUGCGCUAUGGAAAUUAAUGUUAACGAAGAAAUUUCUUGUAAAUGACAAAAUCACAGCUUCUUUUCCAUCAAAUAUAUAUCCCAAGCAUUGUAUUAAAUCUUAUAAACAACAAAAAUCAACUUUGAAGAACUAUUAGGCUAACAAGUUUUCAAAAACCCACAAUUUCACUCCUUUUCAAUCUUCUUCGAGUUUGUCCAUCCACGUCCACUUCUAUAUUUGCUGUGUUAUUCAUACUUUCUUCUAAUGCAUUGAACUAUUAUUUUUAUGUUUCACUCAAUGUAGCGGCAGUUCCUACUGUCAGAAUUUUGAUCAAUUUCGUGACACAGUACCAAAAAAAGGUUUUUUUCUUUCGCAGAAAUUCCAAACCGACUGCGGAGA